CUGUGCCCCUCCACCAACAGUCGCCCACCUGAGCUGCAAGACCUCACCUCAAUAUCGUUAGGUAUUCUACGUCACUACAUUUCUUCUGGUCACAUCGCCGCCAAUCCACAAAGCUUUCCUCAAGUCACUCACCCUACAAACGCCUUACCAUGGCCAGCAAGGUUGACCGCAUAGUUGCCCGGCUACAGGCCAAGAUCGAAGAGGGUGAUUAUUACGAAGCUCAACAGCAGACCCGUGUCGCGGCAUCUCGUUAUAUCAAGACCUCCAACUGGCCUGCCGCGAUCGAUAUCCUCUCCAAUGUAUCCCAAGCUUUGCUGCGCGCGGGGCAGGGUGGUAGUGGAGGAGACCUGUGUGCUAUGCUGGUUGACGUCUACAAGCAGGCAGAACUCAAACCUGAUGCUACCGCCAAGGGUAGACUAUUGACCUGUCUGCGACUAUUCGAGGCUGGCGAGCCUACGAGGAAGAAGUUUAUCGGUGAAAUCAUAGCUUGGUCAGCAAAAUUUGGCGAAUAUCCAGCUGGAGAUCCUGAGCUUCACCAUGUCGCUGGCUCACUAUAUGCUGAGGAGCACGAUACAUACGAGGCCGAGAAACAUUUGAUAUUGGGGACCAAGGACUCGCCCGAGAUUCUGACAAAGAUGGAAUAUAAUUGGUACAAGGAGAGCGAGCCUCAUCAAGCGGCUCUCUUCGCCGGCCGCGCAGUUCUCCCAUAUCUCCUCGUUGGCAAUGUUCGUGCUGCCAAUACCUGCUACCGCCUCUUCACCAGCUCCCUCUCCAACGAUAACCCGAACCUUGGUGUCCAAGACGUAUCGAGCUCCGCUGGUGACAUCCGCAUCUUCCCAAGCCUGCCUCUACUCAACUUUCUUGGCUUUCUCCUUCUUGCUAUUCAACGCGGCGCACCCGAACUCUACCGUGCUUUGGUGUCCAAGUAUGCCACACAAAUCAACGAGGCGGGAUCAUGGGCCGAGGCGCUUGAGAUGGUUGGAGAGAUGUACUUCGGCCUGUCCAAGCCUCGACAAAGCAACCCCCUUAUGGAUAUGAUGAGCGGUUUCUUUGGCGGCGGUGGUGGCCAACCAGAAAAGCCAAAGCGUAAGCAGGUUACGCAACGGCAAGAUGCCCCCGCAGCGGAAGGUCUAGACUAGACGAUUUGAUCUGUGGGGUUGGAUGAUGGUAUACCAUAUUGCCUUGAGAAAAAAUAGACAGCAGGCGUUGUAAGGUAAAUAAAAGACUGGGCUAACCACGGGGCUGUUCUUCUGGUUCAAACAUCCAAUUAUCUUCGGCAAGGGCUGCCACUUUGGCUCGUAGACUUGCUCUCACAGCUUCAAGAAGUUCUAUUGCGG